GAUCUCAUCAACAGCAUGACCUAGCCUCAAACUGACCACGAUUAGACAUGUCAGCAUGGAACUCCUACCCGGAUCCUCGCCUGCGUCACCCGGGUGCCUCCCCAGCGAGCAUGCCGGGGAACGCCACGCCCAGCUACAACCCCGGUAUAGGCUCGCCCGCUCAACAUCUCUACCUUGCCUCACCUCAUAACAACCCUUACCUCGGCACCCCUAAUCCAUACCUCGGUACACCUAAUCCGCACGCCAUGUUAUCACCUGGAGGAGGAUCUUACCCGUAUCCGGCUUACAACCCCGCUGCCUCACCCUAUGGGUACAUGUCUCAAGCGGUCCCGGUACAGAUGGUCCAUAUCCCGAUGUACGUCGAGGAAUAUAACGGCGAUAAUCCUUGGGAGUUGUUCUUCCAGCUCCGGGAUGAUAAUAAUCUGGAUCCUUAUUGGGUAGAUUGGGCUCAGACCGAACUAAAUAAGGGGACGAUUCCAGAGUGGGCCCAGAGGGAGUUCGCCAAGGGGACAGGGGCGGGUGGUUUCGGUGCAGGUGCAGGAGCUGGAGGGGCAACGGGAAGGGAUACGUUACCUCCAUCGAUCGGCAGGGGACCGAGGACUUAUAAACCGCCCAACGCGGCUGGUCCAUCGGGAUCUGGGUCGCGGUCACUUCCACCCAGACCUCCGGGUGCGACCAAGGCGCGACCUUCUUCAGGUCGACCUAGAGAUCGUGAUCGACACGGCAAGCCAGAAAAGGAAAAGCGGAUCUCGAUCUCAGAUGCCAAUGCGGUUCCUGUACCUCCUAAACACCCACCACCGGAUCCACCGAGCGGAGUUCAGGGCAUGGACUCGCCGACUACUCCGGCUACGAUCACGGCUACGACCACCAUCCCGCCCGGUCAUACAUCCUCCUCGAAUGCAACCUCCACCUUGAACACGAACAUCAAUUCAACCUCGACUUCGACCUCAACCCCGGCGCCGAUGAUCUCCCUCUCCCGGAUGAGAGAAGCCAAAGCCCAAGAAUACACUCGAGCGCUCAAAGAGAACCGGCCGUUGAAUUUGAAGAACGUCACACAGACCACCGCUACUGUCGCUACAAAUAAUGGCGAAGAUGAGGUGACGGUCUUUCCCGGCUCUUCCACGCUUGAUAAGGGUGAUGGUGGGGGUCCGAUGGAGGAUGUCGAUAUGGCCGUGUCGGCAUCCACGUCUGCCCCCACGCCUGUACCCCCAGUCGCAAGUGAAACAGAACCAUCCCGGGCUGGAGCUGGGUUGGACAGUGGGAUGCGGUUGAACGAUGACGAGAUUGCUGUCUAUCGGCUUGGACAGAGGGGGAUAUCGAACGAAUAUUUAGAAAGCAUACUCCGUCCCGAUCCAAAUCCGCCUACCCAUGUCCUUUCCCCAGAAGAAUCCUGGAGUACGCCAGCAGGACGGGUCAAGAAGGGGUUUUACGCCGAGGUGGUGGCUCGAUUAGUAAAAUCGCGGGUGGAGGCUCGGGCCAGACAACUCGAGGAGAAGGGUGGAGCUGCACAUAGCGAUAACGAUGGCGAUAAUGAUACUCUGGACGGAACAGGGUGGGGAUUGGGGUGCGGGCCAAUAGGUUCCGGGGACGAGUUGAAGAAGGAAGACGAUGAGGGCGUGUCGAUGGGCUGGGACGAGAGCGAGUUGUGGCCGGCAGAGGAGUGCGACAAGGAUCUGAGCGAUUUGGUACUUUGACCAUCAUCUAUACAUCCCAGUGACGGAGUCGAGUAGCUAGGCGAAUUCGAGAUGAGGGGAUAUGAAGCUCGUAGACCUUCGAUACCGAGCUGGAAGCGGAUGCAUAUUUUCAUUGACGACAGUCUUCGCUUGUGAUAAUAGUCUAGACAACACAAAGAAUCACGAAAAGUCAUAAUGUUUACAAGCU